AUGUCAUUCAAACGCUUUCAAAACGUUGGAGUUGUGUUUGGGUUCAGAGUUUUAACCAGAAAAUCCGGAAAACUGAAAACAUUUUAUUUCACUGACGUGAGAUAUCCCAACGCUAUUCAAUCUACAUCUGCUAACAACAUGGACCACUGCAGAAAGCAAACUCAUUUCCAACAAAAUAUAACAUUUCGGAUUCUCUGCGAAAAACUGAGGCAACAGCAAGGAGAAGCUGAUGGGAAAAUGCUCAGAAGGAUUACGUUUGGAAAAACUCAAAACCUUAAAGGUUUAACAUCGUUGCAAAAGUGA